UGUCAUACUCCAAGAUAUGUAUUUGCUAAUUAAGAUAUUUUUUUCAAAACUUGUACUUUCUGAACAUUUAUUUGCCUCAUUCACUGGAAGGUGCAAACUGGAAACUUGAAUUGGUCAAAGGAAAUACUAUGCAUGCAUACAAUUCCAAGAGCGAAGAAAAUGACACCCCUUUCUGGAUCUCUAAAGUGCUUAAAUGUUGAGCUGCUAGUUGCUUAGUUAAAUAAAAAGAAGCAUGAGGGAAGAGCAAAUUGGUGAGUUUCUUGAAGCCUUCUGUCUUUUUGACAAAGAUGGAGAUGGGUGCAUAACCAUGGAAGAAUUAGGCACUGCAAUCAGAGCACUAGAUUUACAUCCGACGGUGGAAGAGUUGCAAAUUAUGAUGAAUGAAGUCGAUACAGAUGGGAACGGAACCAUAGAAUUCGAGGAAUUCUUGAAUCUCAUGGCCAGAAAAAUGAAGGAAAGUGAAGCAGAACAGGAACUGAUGGAAGCUUUCAGGGUGUUUGACAAGGAUCAAGAUGGUUACAUAUCCCCCAAUGAGAUCUGUAUUGAGAACAGUAGGAGAGAAGGUGACAGAUGAGGAGCUGGGGCAGAUGAUAAAAGUGGCUGAUUUGGAUGGUGAUGGUCUUCUUGAUUAUCAAGACUUCGUUAGGAUGAUGUUGGCUGCUUGAUUACCAAAAUUAAACUGAUCAGGAUUACAAUAAUACAUGUAUUAUUGGUAUAAUAUUUUGAUUAAUUGAUCAUUUAGCAUUUCCUAUAUGUAUGCAGGCAACUAUUAUAGCUAGAUUAUCUUAUCUUUCAAUAGCUGUAGCUGUACUUUUUAGAUUUUUUUUGUUUUCAACAGAUAGAAUUAUAUUCAAUGUUUUAUUGCACCUCUCAAAUGAGACAGUUGUUACCAGUAAAAGAUAAGAUAUUGUACAAAUUUAAAUCCCGAAAAA